AUGCUCCGUUCUUAUGCAAAUGCCCUUGCCGGCGACUUGCUCAUUUCUACUCGUGCCCCUCCAGGUUCAGAGUCUGAUUUUGCUAUCGGUAAGUUCUGCAAUGUUCCGCAAUCAUUCCACGAGGCUCUUGAAAGUGGAGCAACUACUUACGGUAAGCUUCUCAAGGUGGAUAAUCCUACGCUUGCUGUCACCAGACCUUCUGUGGCUUGUGUAUUAGUUGAGGAGAUAUCACUCAUUGAGGAUAUAUCACUCAGCCAACUCCAGAUGAGAUAUGGAUUGAUACUAUUCACAACGGGUAUUGACAAAAGUAUGUUUGACCACAGUUCUAAUAUUUGCUAUCGCUUGUAUCAUCAUCUAAUGCCGAAUAUCACUGAAGAUCAGCUAUCCACCAUCCUUGCUGAGAAGGUGCAAUUCGAUCCUCUUUCCAACAUUGCAGUUCCAGAUGAAGAACAUGUAACUGUCCAUGUUAAGGGUAAAACUGAAUGCUACGAGUGCGAUCCAAAGCCCACUCCGAAGACGUAUCCGGUCUGCACUAUAACAAGCACUCCUUCGAAGUUUGUUCAUUGUAUUGUCUGGGCAAAAGAUUUACUCUUUGCGAAGUUGUUUGGCGAUAAAAGUCAGGAUAAUGAUUUGAAUGUCCGGUCUCAUAAUGCUGGUGAUGCAUCGAAAAAUACUGAAGAUGUAUUUGUGCGAAAUCCAGAUGAGGAUCCUGAGAAGUAUGGUCAGAGAAUAUAUGAUCAUGUUUUUGGAUAUAAUAUUGAACUGGCAUUAGCUAAUGAGGAGACAUGGAGAAAUAGAAAGAAGCCGAAGCCCAUCUAUAUAAAGGACGUGAUUUCUGAAAAUUCAUUUCAGAGCAAUGGAUAUUUGGCUAACAGGAAAAAUGAGGACAUGGCAAUCUCUGCCAUGCAAACUCUUGGUCUUAAAAAUCCACAGGACAUAUGGAGUCUUGAAGAAAAUAUGAAAGUGUUUUUGGAGGCUUUAAGUCUAUUUUAUAAGAAACGAGAGAAGGAUAUUGGGAACCUCACGUUUGACAAAGAUGACCAGUUAGCUGUAGAAUUUGUGACUUCUGCGGCAAAUAUCAGGGCUACAUCUUUUGGAAUUCCCAUGCACAGCCUUUUCGAAGCUAAAGGGAUUGCUGGGAACAUUGUUCAUGCUGUUGCAACCACAAACGCCAUUAUUGCUGGUCUUGUAGUUAUUGAAGCAAUUAAGGUUCUUCAGGGUGAUUUCAACAACUAUAGGAUGACAUAUUGUUUAGAGCAUCCAUCGAGGAAGAUGCUUUUGAUGCCUGUUGAGCCAUUUGAGCCUAAUAAAUCAUGUUAUGUAUGUGCACUAUAAAUUUAGCUUAAAUCUAGCAAAACUCCUCUCAUUUUGGAGAUUAACACUAGGACUGCAAAAUUACGAGACUUUGUUGAGAAAAUUCUAAAAAGCAAACUAGGCAUGACUCUUCCAUUGAUAAUGCAUGGAGCAAAUCUUAUUUUUGAGGAUGGUGAUGAUUUAGAGGAAGAUAUCGUCUCUAAUUAUGCUCGAAACUUAGACAAGGUUUUAGCUGAGCUUCCAUCCCCUGUUACAAGUGGAACGGUUCUCACAGUUGAGGAUCUUCUGCAAGAGUUGAAGUGCAAUAUUAAUAUCAAACACAGGGAAGAGUUCGACGACGAAAAAGAACCUGAUGGAAUGAUUCUCUCCGGAUGGACGCCAUCUGUCAAUGCUCACCAGUUCACAAACAAUGGCAAGAACACUCCAAACACACCUUCAGAUACAGCAGAGAUAAAACACAUCAACGGGCCCUAUAUGGUUCUCGAAAGACCACUCGGCGGCGGCGGCGCGAAGAGAAAGGCAUCAGAACUGGAAGAAAAUUCCCGAUUAGUCGACAACAACAAUGUCGUCGUUGAAGAUGACGAUCUCCUCAUACUCGACUCUCAACCCGAAGAUUUCCAGAGGAAAAAGGUCGAGCGGUUUGCCGCAUUGAGGAAAGCAUUCGCAUCUCUCAUGUCGGCUCUUCAGGUGAAGUUUUGGAGUCCUUUUGCUGUAUAUCUUUUGUAAUCCCUCCUCUUUUUUCUUCUUCUUCUUCUUCUUCUACCUUUUUCAGAACAAUGCUGCUAAUUUCUUUUGUUUUUUUUUGGAAUAUGAUUUCUUGAGUAGU